GUCACCAACCAAAGCACGGGAUACACGCAGAUCCCAUCUUUGAUUGGUUAAUGGAAAGGCUGGGGGAAAAUAUCCCAUUCUGUGGAGGUCCGGAGGAGGGGCAUAACAUAAAGUAAUGGCCAUCUAUUUAAGGUCUGGCCAGGGGAUUUCUCGAGCAACUAUCAUAGUUAUUCUAUAGAAUACGUCUUUUUUAGAGCAUGCGAACAAGGUAAAUAUCGUAACCUGAUUUGCUUGGCGUAUUUGUUAAUUGCAGUCGCGUUCGGUCUGAAUAUAGUUGAUAUAUCGCUUGAACUUGAGGAUACCGCAAUUUAGGGUUAACCCGCCAGCUAGCCACGCUAGCUAUCAGUUAUCAGCGAGCGUUUAGAACCUUCAUUGGGGCGUGAUAGUUUUGACGUUUUGAGUCGAUCACAUGCGGAUCUUUGUAUAACGCAUUUAUUAAACAGCAUCUACUAGUACAAGUCAAAAUGGAAAGGAAUUUAUUUACAAGGGAUUGACAAGGAAAAACGGAUUAAGGGCAAUUUGGUCUUCGGAAAAGUUGAACGCAGGAUAAAAUAGAUCUUUAAUGGUUAAGAAGAGAGUUGUCAAGCCUGCAUCUCCCAUCUACAAACAAGGGCAUGCCAAAAUGUCAGUGAUGGAGACAACGGCUGUGAGUACCUCCACUCUGGCCAGUGAUGACUUUGACAGGAACGCACCACGGAUCUGUGGGGUUUGUGGGGACAAGGCCACCGGAUUCCACUUCAACGCCAUGACCUGCGAGGGCUGCAAAGGUUUCUUCAGACGCAGCAUGAAGCGCAAGGCCUCCUUUACCUGCCCCUUCAACGGCAGCUGCACCAUCACCAAGGACAACCGCCGCCACUGCCAGGCCUGCCGGCUGAAGCGCUGCGUGGACAUCGGCAUGAUGAAGGAGUUCAUUUUGACCGAUGAGGAGGUGCAGAGGAAGAAAGAUCUGAUCCAGCGGAGGAAGGAUGAGGAGGCGCAGAGGGAGGCACAGCGGCCCCGACUAACGGAGGAGCAGAGCCAGGUCAUCGCCACACUGGUGGAGGCACACCACAAGACCUAUGAUGACUCCUACUCUGACUUCAACCGCUUCAGGCCUCCUGUCCGAGAAGGCCCAGUUACCCGAAGUGCCAGCAGAGCUGCUUCCCUCCACUCUCUGUCAAACGCCUCAUCUGACUCCUUCAGCCCCUCCCCAGAGUCUGUGGACACCAAGCUGAUGAACUUCAGCAACCUUCUGAUGAUGUAUCAGGAGCAAGGAGGCAGCCCAGAUUCCAACAACGACGAUGGCUCCAAGCUCUCCAUGCUGCCCCACCUGGCCGACCUGGUCAGCUACAGCAUCCAGAAAGUCAUCGGUUUUGCCAAGAUGAUCCCCGGAUUUAGGGAGCUGACGGCUGAGGACCAGAUUGCCCUGCUCAAGUCGAGUGCCAUCGAAGUGAUCAUGCUGCGCUCCAACCAGUCCUUCAGCCUGGAGGACAUGUCCUGGAGCUGUGGAGGCCCUGACUUCAAAUACUGCAUCAACGAUGUCACUAAAGCCGGCCACACUAUGGAGCUCCUGGAGCCCCUGGUUAAAUUCCAGGUCGGCCUUAAGAAACUCAAUCUCCACGAGGAAGAACAUGUGCUGCUCAUGGCCAUCUGCCUACUCUCCCCAGACCGUCCCGGCGUUCAGGACCACCGGCGCAUCGAGGCCCUGCAGGACCGGCUGUCUGAGACGCUGCAGGCCUACAUACGGCUGCACCACCCUGGUGGCCGUCUGGUCUACCCCAAGAUGAUCCAGAAGCUGGCGGACCUGCGCAGCCUGAACGAGGAGCACUCCAAGCAGUACCGCUCGCUCUCCUUCCAGCCGGAGCACAGCAUGCAGCUCACCCCGCUGGUGCUGGAGGUGUUUGGCAGCGAGGUCUCCUAAGUCAACGUUUGCCAGUGACCUUCGGCGAAGGCGGAGAGAAUUGGCUUGGCGGUUGAAAGCACUUCAUCGUCUAUCCGUUGCCAUCGUAACCAAGCCUCAUAUCCUGGUGACAGCAUAACAACGGGGUCUGGGAGUCCCACGAAAGGCCAGUGCAAAUGUCUCGCUACUGCCUGGGUCAUUGGGGAGACCUGGUUGCCUCGAAUGCCUUGUGAGUGACGGGGCAGCAGGUUCAAAUCCGGCUGUGGGUUCCAGCCCGAGGUUGGAGGUCCGGUUCGGUCCACACCGGUCGCCGCUUAACCCGAUUUGUGAAUUGCGGAGUUGAGUUUAGUCUGCUAAAUGUGACAGGGAUUGAUACACAGUACCGUUAAAACUGACGUGUAGGUUUUAUUUUUUUUUCCUUCAGACAUUAAAAGGAGUGUCCACAAUGGAUGUACACAACAAUGAUCUACCUCUUUUAGCUACAGAUUAUGCUUUAGCGUUAAGCAGUUGCCUCUGUUUUGACUUUUGUAAUAUGUGUUGGUAUUUAUUGCUGUCUAAUGAAACACUUUGACAAUUACCUCAAAGAUAUCUCAUUAUGCAGACUGGGAAUGAAGCUAAUGAAGGUCAUUUGUAGUUGGCAGUAUUUUUAGACAAAUAGCAUUGCCUGUUAAGGUUGUGUUUUUAUUGGCCCUGCUUUCUGACCAAUAGGAGUCCAGGCCGGGGUUCGGUAAGGCCAGGGUUGCGUUUCAUUCUAUUUUGUGGUUUUGUUUCUUUCUCUCGGUUCACUCACUGUCUCGGAAUCAGCUGGGUAGUAUGCAGGGAAUACCUCCAUUUGGUGUAUGUCCUCAUUUAGCUUACAUUGAACAAGAACAAAGAAAGAAAGGACGCCAAUUCCUGGAAUGAAAUGCAGCCCGCAAAUGCUUCAUUGUCACCUCAGUAUAGAUCGGUAAUAAGUUGUAUGGUUUGGUUGAAGAGUUGGCACACCUACUCCUGGUACAGUUAGCAUGGUCUUUAGCCACACUACGUCUCACUCAGUCUGAGACCUCCUUUUCCCUGAUCUCCCUCCCUUCUCCCUGAUCUCCUACGUUUCCCAACUCUGAAAUACCCCGAACCAACUUCGCAGAGCAGAACAUAGAUAUUCAGAUUUUUCAGGAGGGCGGAAGUGUUGACAGGACAAAGAUCAGUAUCCAUUUAAUGCUGCUUUAAUGAAGAGCAUCGCAGCUCGAUCGGUGUGCUAUUAUUCAUACUAACAUCGGCACGGAUGAGCAUCGCCCAGCAGAAAUAUGCUAACCCUGACAUGUGACCCUCAGUGUCGUGUCGUGUACUUUAGGUUGGUAUGAAACUAGGGAAAGCAGGUUCUCGAAAAGCAUGUCGGUCGAGUAUCCAGUUGAAACAUGUGGACUUGAGGAAGUUGAUGCGCAUUUAUCGACUCUGAUUUAACCGCUUUAAUUCAUCGACGAGGGCGGCAAAUGUCGUGUUAUAUUAAUCACCAGCUACUCCACCUGUCAACCUAAAGGCACGUUUUGUUUGACCUUAUAUUCCAAACCUUUUUAGUCACUUGUGCUGAGCCAAGGUUUGCCUGUUACUUCUCUUAGAGCAGCUCCCUCUUGGUGGACAGAACAGUGUGUGCACUAAGAAGAGGCCGAUGUUGCGCAGUACCGAUUCAAUAUGUUGAGUACCUGCUACUAAUGUCUUUGAAUACUGUUUUUAAAUAAAUAUAAUAAAAAUUGACAUGCUCCCUACCAUCCAACUGUUUGUCUCAAUUUUGACAGCUCAUAUUCAAACAGAACUUAAAAUAAAGAACAGUCAAAAUAUGUCCAGCUAAUUCUGACUUUGCACUAGCUAUUGGAUGCAAAGAAAAAUAUGAGGAAGAACCUGCAUAUACAAAGAAUUCUGUUUUUUCAAAUAAAAUGUGGUAUUGGCUCCCAUGAACAUACUUUUAAGGCAUGAGUUCAGAAUUAGUAGCGAUUUGCUAGCUACUUAUGUGUUAGCUACGCAUUAGCUAUAGGUAUUGACAGCCAGCAGAUACUGUGGCCGCCUCGGGCCUGGGUUGAGUGCCUAUAUGAACCUUUUGAUGGCUUGAGUGUUUUGCAAAGCAGGAUUAGGAAGUUACCAUGCUAACUUUUUCAAAUGUAUUUUCCAAAGUGUCUGAAAACGACUUCAUUUUUUUGCUCUCGUGACAGAUGAGAAGAUUAGCGAUAUUACUCAUCUAUUAUUCUUGCCACUGACUGGGAUUUCUACUUUAGCACAAUUUAUGAGGCAAAAACAAUCUGAUUAUUUAGGAGUUGUUUCUAAAACGUCAGCAUGUUAAAUGAGUAAUCCUGUUUUAAAGACACCGUUUCACAUUAGAUGGAAAGCCAGAGCAGUGUUGUAACACAAUGCGUACAGUUGGAUGGAUAUGCUUGCCAUACCUGCCUGUCUAUGUCAGCAUUCUAUGGCUGCAAUUAUCAAAGGAAUUCAAAUUUCUUGCCAUCUAUGUUUUUUUUUUUCUUUUAAGAUAUUUUUUUUUCUAUUACAGACAAAUUGGUGUUCAUGUAAUGUGUUUUUUUUUUGUCCGAUGUUUUGCAAAUCAAAUAAAGAACUGUA